GCUGUUAAGAAUUCCAGAGCACUAGGCCUAUUUUCCUGUGUGAGGCUGUGACCCCAAGCAGUAAGCAGAGAACAGUGUCAUGGCUUGAAAUGAUGAUACCUGAUCUAUACCUGAACUGGAAGGUAGAUACAUAUAUUCACCUUCAUUUGAGGUUCUGCCUAGUACACACUCCUAUAUGAAAAAUAUGUGACAGAAAUUAGUGCAAAAUACGUGAAUGAAGUGAUAAUGAGGGUGUCCUUCUAUUCUCACCUAUUUGUCUCCAUGGUGAAAAACAAUGGCUGUUACCACACUUUUCCCUGUUACAUUGCAGAAGUACAGGGUAAGGAAAAUGAGGAAGAGGUAGGCGGGUUUUUAUACCCUGUUACAUGAGCAGUUCAGAAGAACUGAAUGAAAUCACAUUGCCAAAGCACACAAAAAUACACUCCCAAACCACAUUCACAGCUUCCGUCCGUUUUGUGCGCCAUUACUGUAACAGCCACAGGGAAACGGGUUUUCAAGGAGAAGGCACUCUUAAGGAAGCAUGGAAUGCCCUGUUGGCAUAUCUACACAGCACUUGGGUAAACUUAGGCAUGAAUGGGACAGCAAUUGAAAAUUUUGUCUGUGUCAUUUUUAAUGUUUCCUUCAUGAAUUGCACUUGGCAUGUGGGCAGGAAUGCUUCCGGAGAUACCCAAUAUUUUCUGUACUGGAAGACCUCAAAGAAAGAAGACUUCACAGGAUGCCAGAAUUACCUCAAAGAUAAUUAUGGAAGGCACACAGGAUGUAGAUUCCAAAAUGUGACAAUAGAAAAUAAGAGAGCUUAUUUCCUGGUAAAUGGUUCUAGAAAUGGACAAAACAUUGGGUCAUAUACGAAGAUGAUUAUUCUGUACAAAAUCGAAAAACUCACCCCUCCAUUAAAUGUCACUGUGAACUGUACAGAAGCUUCUCAUGGUUGUGAAAUUCGGUGGCAACCACCUUGCACAAGUCAUGUGAAAAGACGUGCUUGUUUCAAAUAUGAAAUUGUCAUAGAAAACAAGGCUGAUCCUGAGAAAAACAUCAGAAACACAUCUAAAACAGAAAGCAGCAUCACAGGAAACUCCUACAUAUUUGGGAGCUUCAGCACAGAAAAAAGGUACAGCGUCAAGAUCAGAGCAACUGACAAUGGUUGUUUAGUGAGCACCAACUGGGGAGAGUGGAGUACACCUGUAGAGUUUGGAACAAGCCGACUUAAAUCUACUUCAUCAUAUAUGUUAUUUCUGAUAUCAGUGCUGGCAGCAGGCCUUGUACUUUUUCUCUGCACAGUAAGAACUUAUUUGAAAAAAGCAUCUGCUACAAUACCACAGCCAAGAAACCCGUUCCAUGAGCACUCUCCAAUGGAUUUCCAGACAGAAUAUACGAAUCAAUCAAUAAUGCAUGAAACUGAAGAAAUAAUAACAAUUAUUGAAGUGACAUAAUGGCAUGCAAGAGAAAUGAGCAACUUGAAUUUUUUUCAAACAUGUAUAUCUUGUUGCCAAAACACAACACUGCACUACCUACUUGAAGAAAAUUAUCCCAGCUGCAACCAGGAAAGCAGCAAUUUACAGGUUUUACAUAUUCUUUCCCUCUUGCAAGCAGAGAGAAUAAUGUUGCCUGUAGAGGCAAUUCCCCAAAAGCCUAUCUUUAAAUGCCUCUUUGUAUUUGAUUGAAUUUUCCAUAAAUAAUUUUGGUUGUUUGGACUAUUUUUGGGUUUUUCCUUAUGCCCUGGUUUCUGAUAGGGUAGAGUUAAUUUUCUCCAUAGUAGCUGGUGCAGUGCUGUGGUUUUGGCUUUAGUCUUACAACAAUGCUGAUAACACAUGAACGUUUUUAGUUGUUGCUAAGUAAUGCUUACCCUGAUUAAGGACUUCUCGGUCUCUCAAGCUCUGCCAGUGAGGAGGGGCACAAGAAGCCAGGAGGAAGCAGAGACAGGACACCUGACCCAAACUA